CUCAGUCUACGCAUCAACAGCACCAGCAUGUCCGGACGCGGCAAAGGCGGCAAGGCGAAGGGCAAGAGCAAGACGCGUUCCAGCCGCGCGGGUCUCCAGUUCCCCGUGGGCCGUAUCCACCGUCUCCUGCGCAAGGGAAACUACGCCGAGCGCGUCGAAGCGGGCGCUCCCGUCUACCUCGCGGCCGUCCUCGAGUACCUGGCUGACGAAGUGCUCGAGCUCGCUGGGAACGCGGCUUGUGAGAACAAGAAGACCAGGAUCAUCCCCCGCCACCUGCAGAUCGCCAUCCGCAACGACGAGGAGCUUAAUAAGCUUCUCUCCGGCGUGACGAUCGCGCAGGGCGGCGUCUUGCCCAACAUCCAAGCUGUGCUUCUCCCAAAGAAGACCGAGAAGAAGGCGUAA